CUUGUGAAGGCCCUUAUCACAUGGGAAGCAAUAGCCCACAAUAUCCACACCCAUCGAGGUGCUGAUAAGCAAAGAAUGUUCCAUAUUCAGGCAUUAAUGCCACCCACGUGUACAUACGUCUAUCGAUGUUCGAGAAACCUUGAUCACGGUCUGGCACAAGGCUCUUCUUGAAAUGUACGCAUCUCUCAAAGAACUUCGGAUAGCCCUGCGAGCGUCCAUCACCACUGCGUAUACUGCUGAAUUGAAUGAGGACAUAUUUCAGGCCUUCGAUAUGUACGGCAAACUCAGGCAGCAGCAUAUACAGCUAGAAUUACCCCUGCCCGCAGCCGACCUCGUGAAUUAUCCCUCGGCCGUACCAGCGACUCUGGUUACUGAAAUAAGAGAGACCGCAGCGAUUCUGGCAGUGGCCAACCACAACGCAAUAACAGCGCUUUUAGAGCUGUUAUCGGUAUCGCUCCUCUUCACAAUUACGUACAACCACUACAGAGCAAGUGACAAGCAUCCUGUAGCUUCCUCAUUCCCCUAUGUCCCUGAGCAACUGACGAAGAUAAGCCUUCCAUGCGACUACCGACCCCAGAAUGAGAAAUUCCUUAACGAAUAUGACUUUCGUCAACUCGACAGACACAUCACCAUUCUCACACAACAAGCAAGUUCCAGCGAGAUACAAAUUUGAAAGGAUCUGAUCAUCGAAGCGCGUCACCAUCCACACUACAUCAAAGUUGGUCCAGCUACGCCUCAAGGUAAGGCCGCAACCGGUACGACAAAUCUAUAACACACGGGACCCAGACUUUCAGGCAGUUGAAACCGGAAGGUGACUCAAAGCUACAAGGACAAAACGGCAGAAGACGACAGUAAUACGUAUUGUCAUUGGGUCAGCUCCAUCAGAAGUAUACAGAAAGAUUUCAAGGUUACCCCGACUUGCAUCGAGAAUGUUUGCGCCAUAGGAAUACAUAUUUGCACUCGGAAUUUCUACUGAUAUGGCACUUUGUGAUCUGUUGCAACAACUGAGGCGGCCUGAAUGAGUUUUGUGAUGAAGCAAUUCUUGAUUCUCUUAUAUUAACUUACUGCUGAUGCAUAUGGGUCAACAUUGAAAUUAUUUACACAGAAUGUCGAUACAUUACUUUACUACAGCACGUCAAGACACACUAAACAAGAAAUGAAGAAUACUACUGCU